UCUUAGAUUAAUGUUUAUUUUAAAUCGUUUAACCUUUAUUAAACAUUGAAGAAUUUAAAUUCAGAUUAACCAAUAAUCAGCUGAAAAAUUUUUUAAAAAAAGUCAGAUUAAUUAUAUAUAAAGGGCAUUUUUAAUAAGGAAAUAAAAAAUAUGAUGAAACAAUAAAGGAUUAAACAAAUGGCAUGUAAAUUAAUUCACAUUAUGCUGAAGUUUAUUAUAAAUUAAGAAAUGCUUACAGUCGUUUAAUGUAAUUUAAUGAAGCCAUUUAAGAAAUAAAAAAAUCCCUAGCUGAAAUAUAUUAAAAUAGAGGCAUUUAAUAUUUUAAGGCAUUAUUAAACAAUAAUUAAAACAAUAUACUAAUGUGAUUGAAGACUAUUAUAUUACAAUUAAGAUUAACCAAAAUCAUGCUGGUGCAUAUUGUAAUAGAAAUAAUUAGCUUAUUUUUACAAAUUAGGACUAAUUAACCAGGAAUUUAAAAAGCAUU